UCUCCUUCUGCCCCCUUCUCUCUUCCUCUCACUCUCCCUCAACACCGAAUCAACAACACAAGACAACAUGGCGGAGAACGUGGAUCCGCUCAACUGGAGUGUCGACAUGGAAGUCAGCUUGUUCCAUGCCAUGCGUGGACACAAACCAGUUGGAGUAAAUCGGUUCUUCCAGAUGAUUUGUAUUCAUGAAAAAUUGAACAAUGCUUCAAGCAAGAAGAUUCCUAUUAGUGAUGUAUGGAAACAUUUGGGAGAAAUGUAUGAUCUCAUGGCUUUGAACGAGUCCGAAAUAUUUCCUUUCCCUAAUCGUAUCUGUGAUUUUGAAUUGAAUGGCAAUGAGUAUGGCAACCUUCUGUCUGGAGAAUUUCCUCGUUACAAACCUGGUGCUUUCAGCUCUCUGGACGAGAAUAACAUGAGUGAAGCAAGUAAAUUAUUGAGCGCAGCUGAUAUAAAGACCGAAGAAAAAGGUUUGCAUAAAAUUCAGCUUAAAGACAUUUCCAGUUCUUUAUCGAAUACAAGCAAUUCUGGCAGUACAUCGUACUCCUCCUCCUCUUCCUCCUCAACUUCUCUGGUCUCCACCCUUUCUUCAAACACAAGUGAAAGCUCGAAGCGGAAACGUACACGACAGGGACAAACUCCUGGAGCGGAUGGAGCUCCCAACAAACGUGCUAGAACAAACAAGACACACAGUUAACAUGAUAGAAAAAGAAGCACACUGCUCUGCUCUUUAAGUGUUGUUAACAGCGACUGGCAGGAAAUGCUGACCACCCCUACUACUACUACUACCAAUGAUCAUAUCUCAUUGUGGGCUUACUACUACUACUACUACCAAUGAGCAUAUCUCAAUGUUGGCUUACUACUACUACUACUACCACCUACAUACAUACAUACCUGGUGCCUGCUUCUCAGUGUGGACACAGGUGUCUUUGGAAUCAGCUAAAUACUGUUGCUUCUGGACUAGGUUAACUAGAAGUAAGGUAUAUUGAGAGUGUACUCUGUCUUAUUGGUCGGUCGUCAGUUAAUGAAAUAAAUGCAUUUAAAAGGAAAAAAAAAUAAUAAAUGGAAAGGUAAAAAAUCCUGAAAUCUGAACAUUGUGAAUUGGUAGUUACAACAUUCAUGGUUCUAUAAAACCUCAAUGUCCGAAGAGUAUGGACAUUGUUUUCUCACCAAACAGACUUAAUGAAUGAAAGCUUUUUUAAUCAAAAGCUUCACCUAAAUUACUUACCAAGAGAAACUCAGUUUUUAUACCGUCAUCAAUACGUUUAGGUAUCAUUCUAUAUAAAAUUAAUAAAUCAAAAUUAUAUAUAUAUAUAUAAUUGGAUGAUGUUUCUAAAAGUCAACUGAACAAACCAAUUAUCUCCCCUUAUUUUUGUUCGUGAAUUGAAAACUAUUUGUGACAGACUGAAAAGAAUCAUUUCUUGUUUGUAAUUUGGAUACUGUUUGUAAAAGACGUUUAAAUAAACCAAGCAUUUCCCAUUAUUCAUGGUUGUUGAAACAAAAAAAAAAAAGAGAGAGAGAGAAAAUUAUCAUUUCCCUUCAUUUUUGUCUGUAAAAGACACCCAAACAAUUAUUUUUGCUUGUAAAAAGCGCCUACACACACACAUGAAUUACUUCCCCAUUAUUUUCUUUGUAACUUUGUAUGCCCCACCAAAUCCAGUUAUCCAAUAAACUAAUUAUUGUCUCUGUAUAUCUGUUUGUACCUUCUUUUUGUGUAUGUGUCUAUGUGAAUUCACUUAUUUUUGUUCUGACAAUAAAAUGAAAUUAA